UGCACGUUGUAAAAAUUUUCUUUCACGAUCGGAACUUUUCUAAUUUCAUCGCCAAGUCGUAGCUUUUGUGCGUUUGUUGGUGAAAUCCUUCGCAUUUUUACAAGUUUUAUUUAUAAGAAAAACAAAUCCACAACCUUAACAUGGCUGUUCAAAAGAAAUCGAAAAAGGCGAUGGAAAGCAUCAACACCAGACUUCAGUUGGUAAUGAAGUCGGGAAAAUGCGUUUUAGGAUUCAAGCAAACUUUGAAAACGCUUAGACAAGGAAAAGCGAAAUUAGUUAUUAUUUCCAAUAACACACCUCCACUAAGGAAAUCUGAAAUCGAGUAUUACGCUAUGUUGGCCAAGACUGGAGUUCAUCAUUAUUCCGGUAACAAUAUCGAAUUGGGAACUGCCUGCGGUAAAUAUUUCCGUGUCAGUACUUUGUCCGUGACGGAUCCAGGAGAUUCUGAUAUUAUCAGAUCUAUCCCUCCUGAUGCUCAUUCGUAAUUCAAUGUGUUAUGAUUUUUAAUAAACUAUUAUUUAAA